AUGCUUAGCGAACAGGCUCAAAUCACAGCGUGCAAGUACCUUGGACAACUUUUAGCCGACUACAUCAACUCUUUCGACUAUUCGAUUGAACCAACAGUGGAACGAAUACUGGGCGCGGAAGCGUAUGCGAGUGCCCAAGCGGCGGUCGUGGCCACACUUGAAUUGUCGAAUCUCGUACGGCAAAUUGGAACUGCUGUAACACCAUUGUUUGUUGAGGCGUCAGGCAUCAUGGAGCACGUAUUUGCAUGCCUUCUUCAUCCGAUUCUAUCGGCUCGCACUGCAACUGCAUGGUGCUUGCGAUGUGUCACGAUGGCAGUGCCAAGCCAGCUCACUCCGUUGAUUGACAGAUGUAUCAGCAGGUUAGAGCAUAUGAAAUCAUGCAGUGACGCCAUCAGUGGUUACUCACUGGCUCUGGCAGCUCUCAUCGCAGCGGCCUCCGACUGUAAACUCGGAAUCCCCCAUGCAAAGCCCAAACAGGUGUUGACAUGUGCGGAAGACAUGCUUAAGACUGCCACUCAGCAAAGCCGACUUGCUGUUGCUAAGAUUAGCGCUGGUUAUAUUUUGCUGAAUGCUGUUGUUUCAAUGGGAUCCCCGGUCGUGAAGGAAAACAUGCCUCGUAUUAUCCAGCUUUGGCGAACAGCUUUUCCGCGAAGCACAAAAGAAGCUGAAGCUGAGAAAGGAAGAGGAGAUGCAUUCUCUUGGCAGUGCGCCUUGGAGCAGCGAUCAGGUGCACUGGGAGUGAUGCUGGCGGUGGCAAAUCAGCGAGAGUUGGCUGAUGACGAUGCCAUCAAGGCGAUGCUUCUUCCGAUCGAAUGUGCUCUGGUGAUGAGUUCGCAGGUGGGCACAUUGAUCCGAUCGUAUGGGACAAAAAUGCGAGCGUUGAUCAGUUGUGUACGUGUACGCGUCUAUCAGCUGUUAAUGCUGUUACCACCGAAGAGCUACGAACAUAUGUUCCAUUCGUUGCUACGAGAACUUGUCGCUGAGGUGACGCUAUCGGAUGAUCAAGCUUCCCAAGUGAUGUCGUCAGUAGCAGGCGUUAUGUGCUCGGGAGCUGAGCACACGUUAUUGGCCCCAUGGAGUGGUGGAGCUACCGACCAGGCCCUAGUUGAGGACCAGGUAAGCGGCAUUUUCACUGAACUUAAUGUUGGGAUUUACGAAGUGCCAGAGUUCAAAUUGCUGGUUGUUCAGCUACAAACCCUGUCCCACAUGGGAAGUGGAGCACUGGAGAACGACAUUACGUGCUUGGUCAGUGGCUCGGCAAAGGACGUGCACAAUCUUUGGCCAGAACCUGACACACCUCAGGUGGCUUGUCUAGAUGCGGCAAUAUAUGCUUUCGGAAGGGCAUUCCCGAUGAUACCCGAACGUCAGAAGCUUCAAAUAACGGAACAUUUCGCCGAGGUGAUCAAGAAUUGCAAACAAGCUCAACGACAGCAAGCGAUUCUGGUGAACGUGCUGUGUGCCCUAGCUCUGGCGUUCCGAGGAGUCACUGAAUCAAGAGGUGGUGCACGUCUGGAGAGCGAACCGUUAAGGAAGGCCAGCACAGCUCUGGUGGAGUCAGCUUUGGAAACUGGCACGACCCCACUAGUGCGUGCCGUUGCGGCUGAAGCACUUGGUCGUCUCUCGCAAGCCGUUGGAGAUCCACAGUUUGUUGCUCUGCGAGCGCAGGCAUGUUUCGAUAAGCUGCGUGUGUUCCGUGAUGGCCGUCGGGCAGGAUACGCUCUUGCACUUGGCUGUAUACAUCGGCAUGUGGGUAGUCUCGGCAGCGGACAACAUUUGCACACGGGUGUUUCCAUUCUUUUCGCUUUGGCGCGGGACCAUAACGCGCCCUCUGUGCAGGCUUGGGCAAUGGUUGCACUUUCCCUGAUCGCAGAAACGGGUGGUGGAAUGUUCCGUGGUUACGUUGAAUUGGCUCUGAGCGACUGUCUCACGUUAUUGCUGAACACACAAUCGGGCAACGUCGAGGUAGUCCAAGGCAUCGGCAAAUUGUUGACAGCUUUGAUGACAUGUGUCGGUCCGGAGCUGGGAUCGUGUGGCACUAUUGAGGGAGUGCGCGCUUCGCUGUUGGCAGCGUGUGCGAUACAGUUAGCCCAUCCUGAUCCACUGAUAAAAUCAGAGGCUAUUGGUGGCCUACAACAGAUGCAUCUCUACGCUCCACGAUACGUCAACUUGGGUCACCUUGUCGUCGACAUAGCAACGUGA